AUGGAGAAGAGUGCCAUGGUGAUCAAGAAGAAUAUCAACAACCUUGGGGUUAACAUACAAAGGUUCGGUUCCAUCUACUUAGUACUACUACUAUUAGUACUGUUACUACCAUAUACGUCCGCAGAUGGCGGUAGUAAUGGAUUUUUUGCAUUGACUAGCCUAGGCAAAGAGGGAGGAAUUUGUCUCGGUUUGGGUGUCAUUGCGAUACUCAUAGUUUUUAUAGGUGGUGGGUUGUGGGUCGUAUGUCAUAGGGAAACACAUGUUGCUGUCACUCAGCAUAGACCACAUAUUCCUCAAUAUAACAAUGUUACCGGAGGUGGAGGAAGUGCAGAAACUCAAAAAAGAGGUCUUGAUGUAAAGGUGAUCGAAGCGUUCCGGGUGUUUAAACACCCUGAUGUUAAGAAUACAGAAAACGUACUGGAAUGUGCUGUUUGUUUAAGUACAUUUGAAGACGGAGAUAUGUUGAGAUUAUUACCAUGUAACCAUGUUUUUCAUACUGGAUGUGUUGAUCGUUGGAUAGUUUCUGAGUCUAGUACUUGUCCUGUUUGUCGUCGUGAUCUUGAAGAUAAUGUUCCCGAAACCACUAUUAAUGCCGGGGAUGUUGUAAUUGAUGUAUUGGAAGCUGGCCAAGACCAUACUGAGAUGGCGAUGGAGAUGAUUUCUGAAACACAGGACGAGCUGACCAAUGUUGCAACGGCAUCACCAGUUUUUGCAACGAGUUCUUGUCAAGGAUAA